GGAAUCCAAAACCACGGCUGAGAUCCAUGUUUCUGUUUAGGAGCCUUCAUCAUCAAGCAUAACUCGGAAUCUAUAAAUCACUUAUUCUCCUUCCUUGUAUAAAAAUGGCUCUUCGAUCCCUGCAAUCAUCAUCGAUCAUCACCGUCUUUCUCGUCUCCAUCUUCAUCAUCACCAUAUCAUCAUCAAUGGCAGAAGCUGAUUCAUCCAAGUCUGUACCAGCGACAGUAGAAGCAACAGUUCAUAUUGUUUACACUGAGCGACCUCAAGACGAAGAACUCGAAUUCUAUCACCUUCGCACUCUCUCUUCAGUCCUCGGCAGCGAGGAGGCAGCAAAAGGGGCUCUGUUGUACACGUACAAGCAUGCAGCUUGUGGGUUUUCUGCCAAGCUCACUCCCAGCCAAGUUGAAGAAAUUUCGAAACGACCAGGUGUUCUUCAGGUGGUCGAGAGCAGGACCAUUAAGCUGCAUGAUUCACCUGCAAUGCUGUAGCACUUCUGAAGUCGAUAAAAGGGUAACGAUAAAGUUGGUUAAUGGAAUAUGACUGUUUUACCCUUCUAAUCCAUUAUUAUAUACAAAUAUACAAUCUAUCGCGGUUGUGCUAAACAAGUGUUCCUGUCUGUAAAUAAAUGCUUUCUGGUUUAACCAACAGUUGUCUUUUGAGUUUUGAAUAACGUUAGUAAGCUAUUCGAAGGUAAACAAUGGGAUUGUGUUUGGAGGUUGCUAAACCGAUAAAACCUUGGGAUUGUUUCU